AUGCUCACUCUGUUCCUCCAUUUCUUCCUUUUCUUAUUCACAACCACUGUUUCUAACCUCAUCCCCGCAUUUCACAGAAACUGCAUUGAAGCCCAGCAACAAUCAUUGCUCCAUUUCAAGAAAAGUCUUGAAUUUGAUUCUUCCGAAUCCUCCAAGCUUAUCACAUGGAAUUCGAGUACCGAGUGCUGUUCUUGGCUCGGUGUAACUUGCAGCACUUAUGGGCGUGUUGUCGGACUUGACCUCAGCAGCGAGUCUUUCUCAUGCAGCAUUGACAAUUCCAGCAGUCUCUUCCAACUUCAACAUCUUCAGAGCCUCAAUUUCGCCGAUAACGACUUCAAUCGUUCUUCAAUUCCAUCUGCAAUCGGAAAGCUUACAGAGUUGAGGUAUUUGAAUUUAAGUGGAGCUGAAUUUACUGGGCAAAUUCCCAUUGAGGUUGCACACUUGAAGAGGUUGAAGGUUCUUGAUCUCUCUAGAAAUGGUGAGGAGUUAAAACUUGGGAAGCGGAAUUUAGGCACUUUAAUCCAGAACCUUACAGAGCUUUCCGAUCUUAGUCUUGAUGGUGUAAACCUAUCAGCUGAGGGAUCUCUAUGGAGCCAAACCAUAUCAUCUUCACUUCCAAAGCUGAGUGUGUUGAGCUUGUACAAUUGUGAUCUUUCAGGCCCUAUUCAUGAAUCAUUUUCCAGGCUUGAUUCUCUAUCCACGUUAAUAUUGGAUGGAAACAACAUCUCUGGUCCUGUUCCAAAAUUCUUUGCCAAUUUUUCAAGCUUGAUUUCCUUGAGUCUCAGUGAUUGUAACUUCUAUGGAGCAUUUCCCAAAGAGAUAUUCCAGAUACCUUCACUACAGUCUGUUGACCUAAAAGCUAAUUUAGAGCUUCGUGGUUCCUUACCGGAGUUUCCAAAGAAUGGAUCUCUCGAAUCCCUAGUUCUAUCCGGGACUAAGUUCUCAGGAGUCUUGCCGGACUCUAUUGGCAACCUUAAAAUGCUGUCUGAAUUGGAUCUUAGAGAAUGCAAUUUCACAGGAGCAGUUCCAAAGUCAUUGGCCAACCUAACACAAUUGGGGCAUUUGUACUUGUCAUCCAACAAGUUUUCUAGUCCGAUUAAUUCUAUUCAAUGGGACAAACUCAUCAAGCUUGUGGAUCUCGACUUGUCCGACAAUCUACUCUACGGGAGUAUUCCAUUGUCUCCCUUCUCAAUUCCCUUGCUGCAGAGUUUAGAUCUUUCUGGAAAUAACUUCUCUGGUCAGUUGCUUGAAUUUUCUAAUGUCUCUUCGUCCUCGCUAUUCUCUCUUGAUUUGAGUAGCAACAAUUUGGAAGGAUCCAUACCUGUGUCUAUCCUUAAUCUUCCAGAGCUUGAUAUCAUUAAUCUUUCUUCAAACAACUUGAGUGGUUUUCCUUUUUAUGGCCUUCCGGAGUCGAGAGAUCUUUCUUCUCUUGAUCUAUCCUUCAAUAGCUUGUUGUUCAAUCAUAAUGGUACCAACUCAUCACCGCCCUCCCUCCUUCAGUCUAAGUACUUGAAUUUGGCUUCUAACAAGUUGAAAACAUUCCCAAAUUUCUUGAAAAAUCAAUCUUCUUUAACCGUAUUGGACCUUUCAGACAACCAGAUUCCAGGCCAGAUACCCAAUUGGAUUUGGGAGCUUCGUCUCCAAGUUCUAAAUCUAUGUUGUAACAAGUUCGUAAGUCUACAAGCUCCUUUACUUGGUUCUACUUACCAACUGAUGAGGCUUGAUCUUCACUCAAACCAGAUUCAGGGACAAAUACCAUUGUUUCUAAGUGGUGAAUAUUUGGAUUACUCAACAAAUAAUUUCAGCUCUAGUAUGCCAACUGACAUUGGUGAUUUCAUUCCUUCCACGACCUACCUUUCUCUUUCAAGCAGUAACUUGUAUGGGGAAAUUCCAAAGUCAAUAUGCAAUGUAAGUGGUGCAGCUCUUGAUCUCUCUAAUAACUCUUUGAGUGGAACCAUUCCCCAAUGCUUGACUCAGACUAUUCUUUCUGUUGUUGAUUUGAGGAGAAACAACCUUACUGGAUCUAUCCCCGAUAAUUUUCUUGAAGGUUGUCUGUUCGAAACUCUAGCUCUGGGCAGAAAUCAGAUACAAGGUCAAUUUCCAAAAUCUCUAGCCAAUUGUUCAAGGUUAGAGGUUUUAGACCUUGGAAUCAAUCAAAUAACAGAUGCCUUUCCUUGCCCGUUGAAGAACAUAUCCCCCUUGAGUGUCCUUAUGUUGCGAUCCAACAAAUUUUAUGGACCUAUUGGAUGUCCCGGGACCAAAGGCACCUGGCCGAAUCUUCAAAUCAUAGAUUUAGCUCAUAACAGUUUCAAUGGUGAAAUACCAAGUACAUCAUUGGCAACAUGGCAGGCAAUGAUGGUUAAUAAAGAUGGUUUGGAAACUUACCUUAGCUAUGAUUAUGAUGAUAAAUAUGGCGCUUUUGAUUACGGGGAUACAAUAACAACCACCAUCAAAGGUUUGGAGUUGGAUCUGAUAAAGAUUCUACCUAUCUUCACCUUGAUUGAUUUCUCUUCCAACAAUUUUAGCGGAUCAAUACCCAAGGAAAUAGGCGAACUGAGAUCAUUAUAUGUCCUCAAUCUGUCAAGUAAUGCUUUCACAGGGGAAAUCCCAUCAUCCUUUGGUAACAUGAGAAGCAUAGAGUCCUUAGACCUCUCACAGAACCACCUGAGCGGCCAAAUUCCACCGCAGCUUGCAAAUCUGAUUUUCCUUUCGUACUUGAAUGUCUCAUAUAAUCAACUGACAGGAAGGAUCCCAACCAGCACUCAGUUUUCGACAUUUCCAAAUAACUCCUUCAAGGGUAACAAAGGAUUAUGGGGGCCUCCUCUGACAUCGGAUGCAGUAAUCGUAUCGCCACCUCUGACAUUAAAUGGAAGCUCAAGUAAUCUGAAUUCUGGAGAUGAGAUUGAUUGGAAUGUUAUUAGUGCUGAAAUUGGUUUUACAUGUGGGUUUGGAAUUGCCGUCGGGUCACUUUUGUUUUGCAAGAGAUGGAGGAAAUGGUAUUACAGAGCUAUGUUUAAAAUCCUGUUCAAGAUAUUCCCUCAGUUGGAACACAGAUUUGGUAAUCACAGAAGGCAUGUUUACAUAAAUCAAAGGUAUUGGAGCCGUUGA